CCUCUUGAUGCGCAUAUUCAUCGACAAAACACAAUUCUUAUUCACAAACACGAACGUAUUGUCGUGUAGUGUGCGCAUCGCGUAAUUAUUUAUCAGCUGUCAAUUUGUACUGUUUUUAACAGUCACAGAGCAUAUACAGUACUGAGUCAGUACAUGUAUUUGUUUAUCACGGGUAUCCGGCCAGUACAAGUGCGACGCUUAUACAAGACGGUUUAUCAGUGUCUGUGAAAUGAGUGAAUCGAAUAAUUUGAAUUCGGUCGAAGAAGUUUUGCAACCAAAGAGAGAGACUUUGAGAAGUGUUACAGAAGAUGUUUCAGAAGAAAAAGUGGAUAGAAAUAGCUGGGGUUAUGUGGUCGGGUUUGGAACGAUUAUAACGUUUAUUGCUGGUAUUGGGCAUGUGAAUUCUUUUGGAUUGAUUUAUAAUGAUUUCAUUAAUGAGACGCAAUCGACUGCCAAGUCUUUAACUUCUGCGCAUGGAGUUUUUUCAAUAAUGCUGGCUAUUGGAGGUUCCUUCAGCACCAUGUUCAUAACGAACGCUAACCAACUGCCAAUCACAUUUGGCGUCUUCCAAGGGAUCGGUUUCGGCAUAAUGGUCCCAGUAUGCUACUCAACUUUGAACUACUAUUUUGUAAGGAAAAGAACUACAGUAAUGAGUAUCUGCAAGGCUAUACAAGGAGUGUUACUGAUGUGGUACCCGCAGCUCAUAAAGACGAUCAUGUCAGUAUAUGGGUUCAGAGAAACCUUGUUCUUAUUGGCUGGAAUGUCGCUCCACACUUUUCCAGGAAUGCUAUCAAUGAUCACUGACAAGAAGAAACCAAGAAACAUAAGAACAGCAAAUGAUUUAGAAAGUAGGAAACAAUGUGAGAAUGAAGAUCUGUUGCUUUCGAAAGACAAUGAAUUGAAAGAAGAUCAUAAUAAAAGUGUAAUGCUUCUCGAGAAAAUUAGACAGAAGGUCGUGGAAAUAUUAAACUUCAAUAUAUUGAAGGAUGCCGUCUACUGCAAUAUCUGUCUAGGACAAAGUUUCGUCAACUUUUCCGAUCUCACUUUCUUCAUACUACAACCGAUGCUGCUGUUUCAAUACGGAUAUGAUAGGACACAAGUAGCAAUGUGCAUCUCCAUCUGUGCUGCAGCAGACGUCGGAGGAAGGUUCGCCCUAGCCAUUAUCAGCAGCAUCUUCAACAUCAACACCAGAAUACUGUUCUACUUAGCAACACUCCUCACCUUCCUAAUCAGAUUACUCAUGUUACAAAUCACCCAAUUCGUCUGGAUGGCGACAGUCACUGGUGCCUUAGGAGUUCUUAGGGCCUGGCUACAUGUAGCCAGUCCAUUGCUCGUUUCCAAUCAUGUAUCUCAUGAAGACUUUCCUGGAGCAUACGCAAUGUACAUGCUUGCUGCUGGCACUGUUAAUGUUACUUUUUCUCCAGUAAUAGGAUUAUUGAAAGAUGUAUACCAAGACUACGUACCAGCAUUUUACGCUUUGACUUUGUGUUGUAUUCCUUGCCUUUUAUUCUGGCCUAUUGAGUAUGUUAUUAGAACAAAGUAA